GAGAGAAUGGGGAGCGCAGGGUCAGCAGCCCAAGAUGAUAAGCUGAUGGUGGUCUGACCGACCCUUUAUGCUUUGAAAGGGCUAGCAUCGGUUGCCAAAUACCUCUCUCUCUCUCUGCGACACCUACCCUCUUCUCGCACUUACUUUUUAACUACUUCCUGCCAAAUAUCAUUCAUCCUCUCUCCCAAUUCUAGAGAGAGAGAGAGAGAGAGCAACCCUAGUUACCCCCGUUCACACUGACUCACUCUCUUUAUAACUUUGCUUCCUCCCCUUCCACAUUUCUUUCUGUUCAGUAACUUCAAUAAUAGUAAAUUUCGCCAAACCAAAAAUUAUCCAUGUACAAAAGGGGCAGGUCAAAUAAAUAAGGUCCGAUUUGGUUUCUCAAAGGUUUUCCUUAUUUAUACAACUUCUAGUCCUAUUAUCCUUGUGACUUUUCUACUUCAGAUAGGAUUGUAUUUCUAGAGUUUAUAUGCAUAUAUAGAAAGAGAGAUUCUAAGAAAGAGAUAGGAAUUUGGAUUUCAUCUUUCUUCCCUGCAUCGGACAAAGAAGAAGUAAAAAAAGCCGGCAAUUUUUUAGAGAGAGAAAAUCAACCAAUCGAUACACAUGGCCAACAGGUGGUGGGCGGGGAAUGUGGCGAUGAAUCCGAUGUCAUCAUCAGCGGCGCCGCCGUCGCUCCACCUGAGAAACUCAGUCGAGGAUCACGAUGCGUUGAAUAACGCGUCGAAUAGCAGCGGGAGCAACCCUAACGACGACGGCGAGGAGGGGCAGAACCCCGCCGGCGACAUCGAGAUCUCGGAGCCGUCGUCGGCCUCCGGGGGCCGGCGCCCCCGGGGCCGCCCCCCUGGGUCGAAGAACAAGCCCAGGGCCCCCAUCGUCAUCACCAAGGAGAGCGCCAACGCCCUCCGCAGCCACGUCCUCGAGAUCGCCAGCGGCAGCGACGUCCUCGAGAGCAUCGCCACCUUCGCGCACCGCCGCCACUUCGGCGUCUCCGUCCUCAGCGGCAGCGGCGUCGUCACCAAUGUCACGCUCCGCCAGCCCGACGCCCCCGGCGGCGUGCUGAAUCUCAGCGGGAGAUUCGAGAUACUGUCGCUAUCGGGGGCGUUUCUGCCGUCGCCGUCGCCGCCGGGGUCCACCGGAUUGACGGUCUACCUUGCCGGCAGCCGGGGGCAGGUCGUCGGCGGCCCGGUGGUCGGCGCAUUGUUGGCGUCGGGGCCGGUGAUGGUGAUCGCCGCGACGUUCACGAACGCUACCUACGAGCGGUUGCCGCUGGAGGACGACGGCGCCGCUGGAGAAGGGAUGCAACCGCAGCCGGCUGAUCAACCGCCACCGUCGUCCGCGGCUAUGUAUAAUAAUGUAGCGUCGAAUUUGCUCCCCAACGGACAAAUGCCGCACGACGUGUUUUGGGCUGCGCCGCGCCUCCCUCCGUCUUUCUAAGGCGGCGGUAGUGGAAGUAAGUUGUAAGCAUAGGAAUCAUGAAGCAAGGUCAGAAAUUCUUCCUUGUAAAAUACAUGGCUUUUCUCAUUAGGUUUUACGUUUAACUCUAAUUUGUGCCACUCCUCACACAAGAAGGGAUCAAUUUUAGCUUUGAUAAAUUUUACUCUUUGUUUUUUGAAUGUGUAAGUUAGGGAUCAAUAAUUAGCUUGAUAAUUUUUAGUACUUUUUUUUUUUUUUUAAUGUGUAAGUUAGUUUAAAUUUUUAAACUUUUUGGGUGAUGUA